UAUGGGGAAAUAAGUUAUGGGAGUAAUCGAGUUUCAUUGAAGUCUUGAGUAGAUAAAGACAAGUAGCCAGAGAAAAGGUUGGGAAGGCAGAUUUAAUCCAGCCUUUUGAGAAUCUCAGGUGUAGGGCUAAAGCAUCUGUACUUUAUGUGCUAAUGAGUACCAAAACUAAACCAAACCCAUUGCCGUUGAGUUGAUUCCAACUCAUAGCAACCCUACAAAACAGAAUAGAACUGCCUCAUAGAGUUUCCAAGGAGCUCUUGGUGGAUUUGAACUGGUAACCUUUUGGUUAGCAGCUGUAGCACUUAACCACAAUGCCACUAGGAUUUUAGAGAUUCAUUAUGUACUAAUAGAGAAAUGGAAUAGUUUUGAGGACCCCAAGCUGUUUUUUUCAGUGUCAUUAAUCAAGUCAUGUCCUUUAUGAACAUCAUCAGCCAUACUUGAAAAAUGAGUACAACCAUGCCUCACUUCUUAACAAGUAAGAACAAUAGACCUUGAGCUAGAGUACUUAGUUGGCAUCCCGGUUACAAUGCUGACUUGGGUUUACCCCAAAAGCAAAAGUUUUAAACACUGAAAAAAAUUGCAGUCCUCUCUUGGAUUCAACUUUCUCUCACUGCCAUUAGAGCCAGAGGGAAGCCAAUUAGCUACUGGGCUAUCAACCCAAAUUCAGUAAUGUUUUUACUAUGAUGCCUUAAUUGAUAUCCUCAUUUUGCUUCUUACAAUAGAAAAACUAGUGCUUUUUUUUUUUUUUUCUCUCACUCUCAUAAUCUUUAUCAGACUUUCACCUCUGUGGACAUGAAAGUGGGAAAUCGAACCAUCCUGACUGAAUUCAUUUUGGUGGGCUUCUCAGCAGACACCCAGUUGCAGCUGAUUCUAUUUGGAAUAUUUCUGUUGCUGUAUUUGAUAACCUUGUCUGGGAACAUGACUUUGGUUAUCUUAAUUCGGAUUGAUUCCCGUCUUCACACACCUAUGUACUUUUUCAUAGGCAAUCUGUCUUUCCUAGAUUUCUGGUACACCUCAGUGUUUACCCCCAAAAUCCUAGUUAAUUGUGUCUCAGAAGAUAAACAUAUUUCCUUGGCUGGCUGUGGGGCCCAGAUGUUCUUUUCCUGUGUUGUAGCCUACACUGAGUGCUAUCUCCUAGCAGCCAUGGCUUAUGACCGCCACAUGGCAAUUUGUAACCCCUUACUCUAUUCAGGUACCAUGUCCAGUUCUCUCUGUACUGGGCUAGUUGCUGGCUCCUACAUUGGAGGGUUCUUGAAUGCCAUAGCCCAUACAGCCAACACUUUCCGCCUGAGUUUCUGUGGUAAGAAUAUCAUUGACCACUUCUUCUGUGAUGCACCACCAUUGGUAAAAAUGUCCUGUACUGACACAAAGGUCUAUGAAAAAGUGCUUCUGGGUGUGGUAGGCUUCACAGUCCUCUCCAGCAUUCUUGUCAUCUUGAUUUCUUAUUUCAACAUCCUUCUGGCUGUCCUGAGGAUCCACUCGGCCACAGGAAGGCUCAAAGCCUUCUCAACCUGUACUUCCCACCUGAUCUCAGUCAUGCUCUUCUAUGGAUCCUUACUCUUCAUGUAUUCAAGGCCUAGUUCCACCUAUUCCCUGGAAAGAGACAAAGUGGCUGCUCUGUUCUACACUGUGAUGAACCCAUUGCUCAACCCUCUCAUCUAUAGUGUGAGGAACAAAGAUGUCAAAGAGGCUUUCAGGAAAGCAAUACAGACCAUACGACCACAAGGAUGA